ACUUGAACCCUUUUAACCUUAAAUACCAGUUGCGGAGAGGAUAGCCUCAAAGCUUCCCACAAGAGAGAGAGAGAGCGAGGACAUGGCAGAGUGUAAUGUCGACCCUUAUGAAUUUUUGCAGAUUGAGGUCAACCCGGACGGCACCCUCACUCGCCACCGACACUUCCCCACCGCCGACGAAGAACCCCCUGAUUCAGCCGUGUUCACCAAAGACGUACCACUCAGCUCCACCAAGAACACCUGGCUUCGCAUCUACCGACCCAAGCAACUUCCACCCUCCACUCCCAAACUCCCCAUAAUAAUCUACUAUCACGGCGGCGGCUUCAUCUUCGUCAGCGCAUCCUGUUCCAUCGCCCACAACUUCUGCUCCAAGAUGUCUGCCCAGUUACCCGCCGUUGUCGUCUCCGUCGAAUACCGCCUCGCUCCCGAACACCGUCUCCCCGCCGCCUACGAAGACGCCGUCGAAGCCAUCCAUUGGUUGAAAAAUGAGAGUCAAUUACAAGCAGCGGUGGCGGAUCAUGAUCUGUCACGGUGCUUCCUCAUGGGUGACAGCGCAGGUGGUAAUAUUGCUUACCACGCCGGCUUACGUGCCACAAAGACAGAGCCCUUGAAGAUCGUCGGGGUUAUCUUGCACGAGCCGUUCUUUGGUGGGUUGGAGAGGACGGGAUCGGAGCUGAGAUUGGUCAACGAUCAGGUGUUGCCGUUGUCGGGAACCGAUCUGUGUUGGGAGUUGUCGUUGCCACAUGGGUCCAAUCGUGACCAUUGGUACUGCAAUCCGAUGAUGGUGGAUGAGAAUACAGAGGAAGGGAGAGGUGUUGGGUUGUUCGGGAGGUGUUUGGUGACGGGUUGGGAAGGGGAUCCGUUGAUCGAUAGGCAGAGAAUUUUGGUGAAGAUGUUGGAGGGGAAGGGGGUUGAUGUGGUGGCUCGAUUCCGGGAGGGUGGGUCCCAUGGACGGGAGGCCUUUGAUCCCAACGAGGCUCAGGUCCUGCUUACGGUGAUUUCCGAUUUCAUUGUAUCUUCUUCCUCAUCUUAGGCUUCUUAUCGCCAUCGGCGUUACUGGUUUCUUACCGGUUCACGUUGACUUUUACGUUUGUUUGCUUUUUUUGGGAAAUGAGGGGGUUGUAGUUUGCUUGUAUGGUCGUUACAAUAAUUGUGGACCUCUAUAUAAUUUCUUGGGUCAAUUCAUCAAUACGAACAAACUUUUCAGGA